GCUGUACAGUUUAAUUCCCUGACAUUAUUUUAAAAUAAUAAAAGCAAUCACUGUAACAAGCAAUUAGUGUGUGUUACUCUUUAUUGCCAAGUCUACAAUCAGUCGUGUUCCAACAAGCAAAAGGGUAGAAUGCGGCCAAUUUUUCUGUUAGCAUUGUUGCUGUCUUCAACAACGUUCUCAAACUCGGAUCCUAGUGCAAGUUUCAACUUUAACUAUCCAAACAUUAAAGAUGAUAUCUAUGAUCAGCCAGUGAAUAUGAUGGUAACUGAGAAGUCUCCGCAUAACAAGAAUGCUGUGCCAGAGACGGGCUUGCGCGCUGAAGUUGCUUGGUCCCCAUACGACAUGACGAAGCUCGAAGCAUACCUCGACGCCCAUAGGGAAGAUGACGCAGAUCACAACAGGAUCCGGCGGAGUCCUAAGAGGCGGCGUGGUCACAGCAGACGACGCAGCAAGCUGCGAGCUUCCUCACCCUCAAGUGAUGAUGAGGUGAAAAACGCAAGCACUACGGAGACACCUUCCCUACGUAGCAACAACUGGGAGACGCAGCAGGCGAAGAAGAAAAAAAAGAAGCACAAAAAGGAUAAACCCAAAUAUGACACUUACGAUCCCCCAGUAAAGGAAUGGGAGUCCGGUUUCGUGGAGAUGCCCAAGGAUCUUUACCAGGCCCACCUUCGACCCGGCGUUAUCUUUCGAAUACAUAUGUCAGAAGCUAUACUCAAGAUGCAGUACCGCAAUUACGGCGAGGACAAAGACGAAUCUGUGAUAGAAGCGGACGUCGAGUAUUUGCGUCUGACGCGGAAAGUGAUCAACGACGAGAUCACCAAGUUUGAAGACCUUAAGUGGCUGAUUGGCUGGUUCAACAACCGCUCCGAGCUUAUACAGGAGCAUAUUUGCAACACCAGAUAUUAUACUGUUGGCACCCCACCCACAAUGUUCACACACCCUGAGGAGUACAUGAAGCGUAUGUGCCUUUUCGACAACGUUUAUAUCGAUCACAUCCCGUACGUGGUGGGCGAGGACAGCUCCCUGAUGGCAGCGGUGGCGCCCCCUGUGUUGCACUGCGACGCAGCCACUUGCACCUCGGUGCCGUUUAUAGACAGUGUGAUGUUCGACGAGCGAUUGGCGAGGACGAACGUUCGCAAGGUGACUCGGUGUCAGGCGAGCUGCCGCGCGCACUGCCGCAACGACGUCGACUGUCUCAAGCGAUGCUCUGACCGUUGCCUGCGCGCGGAGUGACCACCGCCAACAAGCUGCUGAUCGUACGGCGAGGGCUGAGGUGGUGGAUAUAAUGGAUAGGUGGAAAGGUGGUCGUCAUAAUUAUACGUUAGAAGUAAAUACUUGUUUUAUUUAAAAUAACUUUAUUUACUAAAGGGAAGCCAUUUUAAUGUAAUAGUUUUUUUUUUAUAUAUAAUAUUAAAAAAUGUUACCCAAAUUGCAUGAUGUGCUUUGCUUGCUGAUAAAUAAAAACCUUUUUUUUA